UCACCACCACCUCCGUGCCGCACCGUCACCACCACCUCCACAAUACACAACACACACAACCCAUCAUGUCCUCCGCGCCGCAAAUCCGCGCCCUCUACCGCCAACUCCUGCGCGAACUCCCCCUCAAACCGCAGACAACACGCACAGCGCACCAGAAGCUAUCUGCCGCCUCGCCGCUGCAGAAGCGCGUGCGCACCUCACUACAGUCGCCGUCCGCGCCCGCGCCCGCGCACACCGCGAGCCAAGCGGCGCAGCUCGAGCAGUUCGUGCAGUACGCGCGCGCGCAGCGCGUGUAUGCUACGCUGAUUGAGCGGUAUAACCCUGGUAUGGGGAUGAGUGAGGAGGAGCGUGUUAGGCUUAGUGCGAGGAGAAUUGGGAUGAAUUUGCCUGUUGAGUUUGCGGGGGAAGAGCAUAGUGAGGGGGGCCGGGGCGAGGGCGAGGGAAAGUGAAGUGAAAGGAGAAGGGGGAGGGGAGAUGUGUGUGAUGUGAGAGGCCAUGGGACCUUUCUGUGGUUGUGCGCUGGCGAGGACGGAUUGGCUGGGACCGACGAAGGUUGAGGCACUCGGGCAUAUGGGAUGCAUGCUGCACGUGCUGUGUAUAUUGUGUAUGGCAAAUGUUAAGAUGCUUCACAGGCAAGAGUCGUGUCUACGAGUAG